GGACCCCUGACCUCUGUCACUUUUGGAACCAUACCGAGCUUGCUUUGUGAGAAUACUACAGGCGCCGCCAAUAGAUGCGAGAACUGUUCAAAGUCUCACAACUGCAAACGAGUACCUCGGGCUACCUUGAUGGGGUGUAAUUCAACAUGUCGUGGCUUUCCUUCAUAAAGAAGCUCUACUCUCUCGACACUCUAGACACCCGUUUCACCACGUCGACAAAGACUCCCCACAAAAUCACGACCGAAGCCUCGAUCGCAGACUCGAAACUCCCUGCACAACAGAUACUGCAGUCAAGAAAAGAUCAGUCUCUGCCAGGGACUCAACCAUCGAAAUGGAACACUCUAGAGUUCUACUUUUACUACAUCUGCUUUCUCACCAUCCCCGUGUUUAUGGUGAAAGCUGUGUAUGAUGUUUCUCAAGAGUCUCAUCCUAAUUAUUCUCGCUAUUCUUAUCUGUUGUCAGAUGGCUGGAUCCCCGGUCGUAAAGUCGAUAACUCGGACUCUCAAUAUGCUGGCUUCCGUGACAACAUCCCGUACAUGACACUUCUUCUGAUCCUGCAUCCACUACUUCGCAAAGCUUACAACUCUUUCUGGCGCAUUGACUUGUAUACCAAGCCUGCAGCAUCCAGUAAUAGGACUCCUGGGUUGACCCAAGGUCUUUCCCCUUCUGCUGCUGCGGACGCCAGAAUGGAGCAUAGAAUCUCCUUCGAUGUGGUAUUUGCUGUCAUCUUUGUCUUUGCGCUGCAUGGUUUCUCGGCCCUGAAAGUUCUCCUUAUCCUGUAUACCAACUACAGACUGGCCACUCAACUCCCGAAAGAUUAUGUGCCUGCUGCGACAUGGAUCUUCAAUGUUGGCAUACUGUUCGCCAACGAGCUGUGCCAUGGCUACCCUCUGGCCAAUGUUGCCGCUUUCGUUCUGCCAUCUCAGACCAGUGCUUCCGAAAAGGGCAGUCAAACACCCGGAUGGGCUGGCUGGAUCGAUAGCUAUGGCGGUAUCUUGCCGCGCUGGGAGAUUCUGUUCAACAUUACUGUGCUUCGUCUGAUCAGCUUCAACCUCGAUUACUAUUGGAGCUUGAGCGCUCCUUCUUCCACGGAGAAACAACUCGAUCCUUCUAAUCUUUCAGAGCGCGACAGAGUGUCUGUACCUGCCAAACCAGCCGACUUUAGCUUCCGCAACUAUCUUGCUUACGCGCUCUACUCGCCUUUGUACCUUGCAGGGCCUAUCCUUACGUUCAACGACUACAUCUCGCAAUCGCGCUACCCACUCGCAUCCAUCAACACCAAGCGUACCGUGAUGUACGCCAUCCGCUUCCUUGUCUGCGUACUUACCAUGGAGUUCUGCCUCCACUUCCUUUACGCCGUGGCCAUCAGCAAAGCACAGCCGGCUUGGGAAGUCUACUCACCCAUGCAGUUGAGCAUGUUGGGAUACUUCAACCUCCAUAUCAUCUGGCUGAAGCUAUUGAUUCCCUGGCGAUUCUUCCGUUUGUGGUCACUCGUCGACGGCAUCGAUCCACCUGAAAACAUGGUUCGUUGCAUGAGUGACAAUUACUCGGCUCUUGCCUUCUGGCGUGGCUGGCACAGGAGCUUCAACCGCUGGAUUGUCAGGUACAUCUACAUUCCCAUUGGUGGUAGCGGGCAAGGCAAAGUACGCGCCAUUGGCAACUUCCUUGCCGUCUUCACUUUCGUGGCGCUCUGGCACGAUAUCAAUCUCAAGCUACUUAUCUGGGGCUGGCUCAUCACGCUGUUCGUUCUACCUGAGGUAAUUUGUACCCUUCUCUUCCCAGCAAAGAAGUGGAAGGACAGUCCGGAUGUCUAUCGCUGGAUCUGUGGUAUUGGUGCUACUGGCAAUAUUCUCAUGAUGAUGGCUGCUAACCUCGUCGGUUUUGCUAUCGGUGUUGAUGGGUUAAAGGCAAUGGUUGGCAACAUUGUUGGUUCUCUCGGUGGAUGGGCUUUCCUACUUGGUGCGUGUGGCACGCUAUUUGUUGGUGCUCAAGUCAUGUUCGAGGUUCGUGAGAGCGAAAAGAGAAAGGGUAUCAACAUGAAGUGCUGAGCUCGUCAUGCUCUACAUAUAUGCAUAAUGACAAAUACAGAAAAGCCACAUGGUACGCUUUUAGGAUCAGGUAUCUGAUUCUUAUUAUGCUGUGCAGCCGCCCAAGCCUCGAGUCUCGACGCUGAUCGUACAAACGUGUUCAAGCUCAGUAUUCUCUCAAGAAGAAGCUAGAAACCGAUCGUUCCGAACACACAGACGAGGGAUAUAUAGCCAAAUGGAGAAGAUAAGACGCAACAGCUUCUUAAUACAUGGAAAAGCGAUGCCAGAUUAUUUCGUAAUGGUAAAGAGUAGCACCCUGCCCCAACAAUGACG